AGCUUUGGUGGCUGUGCUGCUGGCAACAAUUUAAUUAAGCUUUUUUUUGCCGACGUUUACUGACAGCGGCCCUAUUCAACGUUGGUAAAUUCGUCAGUUAUUCUGCGCUCUAGCACACUCGGACGAGAGAGCCUGAGUGAAUGUACGAACGCACCCGUUCCACGUAGCUAGAGAAGGCCGUUCUUUUAUCACCGACCCGCUCUAUCCUUUCCAUUUUUCAUUGAAAACAAACCGUGUCGGUCAUAUUUUAUGGUUUUAUUUAUGCAUUUGGUGAAAGCGACAUAGAACGAAGUAUAUGUUAUUGUGAAGAUAGAAAAGGGAAGAACCCCUCGAUUAGCCGGUCGGCGAGUGUGCCUGCUGUUUUGCUGGCUAGCUCACGUUAGCUAACUUUCCUUGUAUUGUAACUUACUAGUAAGUUAACGUUAGCUAGCUAGGUUCUCGUCGUUGCCACUGGUUGUUAUUGGAUAGCUGUACAUCCUUCGUGUGUAAAUUAAUCAUGGCAACUAGGCGCCUGACCGAUGCCUUCUUAUUAAUGCGGAACAAUGCAAUCCAAAAUCGGCAGAUAUUGGCUGAGCAAGUGAGUACAUACGACCCCCGUCGUACUCUGAGUACACGUAGCAAUGCUGCGGAGCUUGAUGAGUUGGCUGAUGACCGCAUGGCCCUGGUCUCAGGGAUCAGUCUGGACCCAGAAGCUGCCGUCGGAGUCACCAAGAGACUGCCGCCCAAGUGGGUAGAUGGGGUCGUUGAGAUUCAGUACGAAAUCACACGGGUCCGGCAGAAAAUGAAGGAGCUGGCCGCCCUACAUGACAAGCACAUGAACCGUCCUACCCUCGAUGACAGCAGUGAAGAGGAGCAUGCCAUAGAGAUCACCACUCAGGAGAUCACACAGAUGUUCCACCGGUGUCAGCGUGCAGUGACAGGUCUGCAGACUCGCUGUGGCCACUGCACAGAGCAGGAGGAGAGGCUGCUGAGAAAUGUGGUGUCCUCAUUGGCAGGGAGCCUGCAAGACCUGUCCACCAACUUCAGACACACGCAGUCCAGCUAUCUAAAACGCAUGAAGAAUCGUGAGGAGAGAUCCAAACACUUUUUUGACUCUGGUCCUCUAAUGGAGGAGGAUGAAGACCUGGCACUAUAUGAAAUGGGGUUUACAGAUGACCAGCUGGUCCUGGUAGAGCAGAACACAGUGAUGGUGGAGGAACGCGAGAGAGAGGUCCGACAGAUAGUCCAGUCCAUCACCGACCUGAAUGAGAUUUUCCGAGACCUGGCAGGAAUGGUGGUGGAACAGGGCACAGUACUUGACAGAAUUGACUUCAAUGUGGAGCAAUCGUGUGUCAAAACAGACGAGGGGUUAAAACAGUUACAAAAGGCUGAACAGUAUCAGAAGAAAAACCGAAAGAUGCUGGUCAUUUUAAUUCUUACUGUUAUAGUUGUUGUUCUAAUACUUAUUCUAUUUGGGACCAAGUUCUAGUGAUGCAUUCCUUUGUUUUUGGUAUGUCUGUGUUUAUGUUUGGUGUGCAUCUAUGUGUGCUUGUGUGAGGGGUGUCUGUCAGUAUCGUUUGAAGUACAAUCUGUCCAACUUUCCAAUCAACAUCUGAAGAAUCACUCUUCCCGAAUCUCUCUCCGUAUGGCUGAUGAAGAUGUAUUGAAUGCAUGAUCACAAAGAGAGGACAGCCAGGGAGAGUUCCUAUUUCACUUUGCAACUGGCCUGCACACAUGGCCACUGUCCUCCCCAAUACCCUCUUAAACAUGACCGUAUCCUCCAUCUGUCAUGGUUCCUGCUGCAAACAAACACAGAAAAAAACCCUCCUUAAAUUCUCUUGUGGAAGACUACUGAUUAACUGUCAUGGCCACACAUUUUGCUUGUUUUUCAAGCAAAUAAGUGGUUUGCUUGUGUGAGCGUAAGCAUCAUAUGUCCAGUUUUAUUGUAAGCUAUAGCUGUAAGCCCUGCCCUCCAAUGUCUGUUUUCAAGAGAAGAAUCCUGACAACUCAACUAGAUGAAUAUUGAAUGUCUAUGAACAAGGAACAUUUGUGUCUCGUGAUGAUGCUACACCACCCUGGUCAUUCUUUUUGCAUUUGAUUUUUCACUUCAUCAUGGUUACUUUUUUAGAGGGAGAAAUUACAAGAUUUGCUUUUCUCUCAGUGGCUGAAAAAUGACAAUAGCUGAUUCAUUGAAUACCAAAAACAACCUUUUGGAUUAAGACCUGUAGUUGACCAUCCUAAAUUCAUGUCUCUGUACCAAGAGUAGUGUCUUUAAUGAAUUUGCACAUUUAGAUCACUUGAUGACUGCUUUCUUUUGUUUCAUGACCCUCUAUUGUCCGAUAUCGCUAACUAACACAUCAGUUUAUUCUUGUCUUUUGUCCCUCAGUUUGCACAUAUCGAAAGACUGAUGGGUUUGGUUUCAUGGCUGUGAAACGGUCUCCUGUAUAAUAUGAAAUUAUAAUUAUUUAUUUUGAAUUUAAAUUGUAUAAAAGUUAAACGUUUUUUGUCUAAUAUGACAAAGAUGUAUUGAGUAGCCUACAUUGUGUCUAUGGUCUAAAGUAUGGGGAUGAAAAUUGUGAUCAAGCCUUGAUCUCAGAAAUGACUUUGCCCAUUCCACUACAAAAUCUAUUAAAAUUGAGAGUACCUUUUUCUCACA